GAUUUGGCGCAGGGGGAAGGGGUCGAAGUCACAUGGACACAAAGCUUUUGAUUAAUGUCCAAGCUGCCUGGGCUGCUGCUGAAGCCUUCCAAUCUCGCAGUCACACAGAGCGCUCGGAGAGCAGGAGCCAGUGACCACUCAUUUCCUACAGGCUGUGCCCUUUUCCUUACUGGAAAAGAAGACACGCAUUUGUAUUGCUUUGCUCCUCUGGCUCUCAAAGCACUUCUUGAGCAGUGGAAGAGCGAGCGAGAGAGACUGGUUAACAGCCUGUAAGCCACGGAAGACCAGCCCCCCGCUAUGUAACUGAGUGGGGUCUUUUGUUGUCCCAUCUGAACUUUGCUAGAGGAAACACCGAGGCAGCUUUUCCUAUUGGUGGCUGCAAACAGCAGAGGAGCUGGGAGAAGCAGGAGCUGGGAGCGAGGCUUCGCUUUGGGGAACAAUGACAGAAGAAAGCAAAGGGGAAGGGAAAGGGGAAAGCGGGAAGGACCUGGAGAAACAGCUUCGCCUCAGGGUGUGCGUUUUGAACGAGCUUCUGAAGACUGAGCGGGACUAUGUGGGCACUUUGGAGUUCCUGGUGUCGGCAUUCCUUCAGAGAAUGUUCCAGUUCGCUGCCUCCAAAGUGGAUAAAAAUAUCACAGAGGAAACAGUUAAGAUGCUGUUUUCAAAUAUUGAAGAUAUUCUUGCAGUUCACAAGGAUUUCCUGACCUUAGUGGAGGGGUGUUUGAAUCCUGAACCUAAUGCACACCAUGAAGUGGGAAUCUGCUUUCUUCACUUUAAGGACAGAUUUUGUAUCUAUGAUGAAUACUGUAGUAACCAUGAGAAGGCACAGAAACUUCUGCUUGAACUUAACAAAAUAAGAACAGUACGGACUUUUCUUUUGAACUGUAUGUUGCUUGGAGGACGUAAGAACACAGAUGUUCCAUUGGAAGUAUAUCUAGUAACACCAAUACAGAGAAUAUGCAAGUAUCCCCUCCUUUUGAAGGAGUUAUUGAAGCGGACGCCAAAGAAACACAGUGACUACGCAGUAUUAAUGGAAGCUCUGCAAGCCAUGAAAGCUGUCUGUUCCAAUAUAAAUGAGGCUAAGAGACAAAUGGAAAAAUUAGAGGUUUUGGAAGAAUGGCAGUCUCACAUUGAAGGAUGGGAGGGGUCCAACAUCACAGAUUCAUGCACGGAAAUGCUAAUGUAUGGAGUUUUGCUGAAAAUUUCUGCAGGAAAUAUCCAGGAGCGGGUAUUUUUUCUUUUUGACAAUCUUUUGGUCUACUGUAAACGAAAACACAGACGAUUGAAGAACAGCAAAGCAUCUACUGAUGGCCAUCGGUAUCUUUUUCGAGGCAGAAUAAACACAGAGGUAAUGGAAGUGGAGAACGUAGAUGAUGGGUUUAAAAUUGGGUAUGGAACAAGACACUUGGGUGAUGAUCUCUGAGCAGGGAGAGAAACUCUACAAAAUGAUGUGCAAACAAGGGAACCUAAUCAAAGACAGGAAAAGAAAACUAACUACUUUCCCCAAAUGUUUUCUGGGAAGUGAGUUUGUGUCCUGGUUACUGGAAACUGGAGAAAUACACAAAUCUGAAGAAGGUGUUCAUCUUGGCCAAGCGUUGUUAGAGAAUGGCAUUAUCCACCAUGUUACAGAUAAGCACCAGUUCAAACCUGAACACAUGCUCUACAGGUUCCGUUAUGAUGAUGGAACAUACUAUCCAAGAAGUGAAAUGCAGGAUGUGAUUUCCAAGGGUGUAAGAUUGUACUGUCGUCUUCACAGUCUGUUUACUCCAGCGAUAAGGGAUAAAGAUUAUCAUCUGAGGACAUAUAAAUCUGUAGUCAUGGCUAACAAACUGAUAGACUGGCUAAUUGCACAGGGGGAUUGUCGGACCAGGGAAGAAGCAAUGAUCUUUGGUGUAGGACUAUGUGACAAUGGGUUUAUGCACCAUGUCUUAGAAAAAAGUGAAUUUAAAGAUGAGCCACUUCUUUUUCGCUUUUUUGCGGAUGAAGAAAUGGAAGGAUCAAAUAUGAAGCACAGGCUUAUGAAACAUGAUUUAAAAGUAGUGGAAAAUGUCAUAGCCAAGUCACUAUUGAUUAAAUCUAAUGAAGGCAGCUAUGGUUUUGGUUUAGAAGACAAAAACAAAUUACCAAUUAUUAAAUUAGUGGAGAAGGGGUCAAAUGCUGAGAUGGCAGGCCUGGAAGUUGGGAAGAAGAUAUUUGCCAUUAAUGGUGACCUAGUUUUUCUGAGACCCUUCAACGAAGUGGAUUGCUUCCUGAAAGCAUGCUUAAACAGCAGAAGGCCCCUCAGGGUACUUGUGAGCACAAAACCAAGGGAGACAGUGAAGAUCCCUGACUCUGCAGAUGGGCUUGGAUUCCAAAUCCGGGGCUUUGGUCCAUCAGUUGUCCAUGCUGUUGGAAGAGGAACCGUGGCAGCUGCAGCAGGUCUCCACCCUGGACAGUGCAUAAUUAAAGUAAAUGGAAUUAACGUCAGCAAAGAGACUCAUGCAAGUGUUAUCGCCCACGUCACAGCCUGCAGGAAAUACAAGCGUCCAAUGCAGCAAGAUUCCAUACAGUGGGUAUAUAACAGUAUAGAGAGUGCACAGGAAGACCUUCAGAAAGCGAACUCCAAACCCCCUGGAGAUGAGGGAGGAGAUGCCUUUGACUGCAAAGUGGAAGAAGUAAUUGACAAGUUUAACACAAUGGCAAUAAUUGAUGGGAGGAAGGAUCAUGUGAGUCUCACUGUUGAUAAUGUUCAUCUGGAAUAUGGAGUGGUUUAUGAGUAUGACAGUACGGCUGGAAUAAAAUGCCAUGUGGUGGAGAAAAUGAUUGAACCAAAGGGCUUUUUCAGCUUGACUGCAAAGAUUCUUGAAGCACUGGCUAAAAGUGAUGAGCAUUUUGUGCAAAACUGCAACAGCCUGAAUUCUUUAAAUGAAGUAAUCCCCACUGACCUCCAAAGUAGAUUCAGUGUAAUUUGCAGCGAGAAAAUUGAGCAUAUCUACCGAAGAAUCUCUAGUUAUAAAAAGUUUUCACGAGUGUUAAAAAAUAGAGCAUGGCCUACCUUUAAACAGGCCAAGUCAAAGAUCUCACCACUUCACAGCAGCGAUUUCUGUCCAACCAACUGCCAUAUCAAUGUAAUGGAAGUCUCGUAUCCUAAAACCUCAACUUCUCUUGGUAGUGCCUUUGGUGUGCAGCUAGACAGCAGAAAGCAUUCUUCACAUGAGAAAGAAAACAAAAAUAGUGAGCAAGGUAAACUGGGUCCCAUGGUUUACAUACAACAUACCAUUACCACCAUGGCAGCCCCUUCAGGACAUUCCCUAGGUCAACAGGAAGGCCAUGGUCUGAGAUAUCUGUUAAAGGAAGAGGACUUAGAAACACAAGAUGUCUAUCAGAAAUUGUUGGGCAAAUUGCAAACUGCACUGAAAGAGGUGGAAACGUGUGUCUCUCAGAUAGAUGACCUUCUCUCUUCAAUAACCUAUUCUCCCAAAUCAGAACGUAAAACACCUGAGCUCGUAAUACCAGCAGAGAGUGACAAUGAAAAGGGAGAAAGGAAUGGGAAAAGGGUCUGUUUCAAUGUAGCAGGUGAUGAGCAGGAAGAUUCUGGUCAUGACACCAUCAGCAACAGAGAUUCAUACAGUGAUUGCAAUAGCAACAGGAACUCCAUUGCCUCAUUUACCAGCAUUUGCAGUAGCCAGUGCAGUUCUUACUUUCACAGUGAUGAAAUGGACUCAGGUGAUGAACUUCCCUUAAGUGUUCGCAUUUCUCAUGAUAAACAGGACAAACUUCAUAGCUGUUUGGAGCAUCUUUUUGGUCAGGUAGACUCAAUUGUCAAUCUUCUGAAAGGACCAGCUGUAAUGAGGGCCUUUGAACAAACCAAGUUCUUCACGCCAGGUCGAGGCCUGCAAGCAUUUCAGCAGGAAAUGGAACCUAAGCUUAGCUGUCCAAAGAGAUUACGACUUCACAUCAAGCAAGACCCUUGGAACCUUCCCAGCAGUGUCCAAAAUCUUGCACAGAAUAUCAGAAAAUUUGUUGAAGAGGUGAAGACAAGAAUACUUUUGGCACUCCUUGAAUAUACAGAUAGUGAGAUACAGCUCAGACGAGACAUGGUCUUCUGCCAAAGUCUGGUGGCCACAGUCUGUGCUUUUUCAGAGCAAUUAAUGGCUGCCUUAAAUCAGAUGUUUGACAACAGCAAAGAGUAUGAAAUGGAGACUGGAGAGGCCAGCAGAAGGUGGUUGGAACAGAUAGCUAAUGCAGGUGUCCUCCUUCACUUCCAGUCAUUGUUGUCACCUAACCUGACUGAUGAACAAGCCAUGCUAGAAGAUACAUUGGUUGCUUUGUUUGACCUGGAAAAAGUUACUUUUUAUUUUAGACAGUCAGAACUAGAACCACUAGUCGCAAAUGUUCCAAUCACAUAUCAAGCAGAAGGAAGCCGGCAAGCUUUGAAGAUUUACUUUUAUCUUGAUAGUUACCAUUUUGAGCAGCUUCCUCAAAAGCUGAAGAAUGGAGGAGGGUUUAAAAUCCACCCAGUACUUUUUGCACAAGCACUGGAGAGCAUGGAAGGAUAUUAUUACAGAGACAAUGUGUCCGUAGAAGAAUUUCAAGCCCAGAUUAAUGCAGCAUCACUGGAAAAGGUCAAACAGUAUAACCAGAAACUCAGGGCAUUCUACCUGGACAAGUCGAACCUCCCUCCAAAUUCAACAUCAAAAGCUGCUUAUAUAGAUAAGCUGAUGCGGCCCCUCAAUUCUUUGGAUGAACUUUACCGACUGGUAGUGUCUUUUAUCCGAUCCAAGCGCACAGCGGCCUGUGCUUACACUGCUUGCAGUGCCUCUGGAGUUGGAUUGCUGUCAGUUUCUUCAGAACUCUGUAGCAGACUUGGAGCUUGCCACAUCAUAAUGUGCAAUAGUGGAGUUCAUCGCUGCACUCUGAGUGUCACUCUGGAGCAGGCUAUAAUUCUUGCUCGGAGCCAUGGACUACCUCCUCGCUAUAUUAUGCAAGCUACAGAUGUGAUGCGCAAACAGGGAGCAAGAGUGCAGAACAGUGCCAAGAAUUUAGGCGUGAGGGACCGAACGCCACAAUCUGUCCCAAGAUUAUACAAGCUAUGCCAGCCACCACCUCCUGCUGGGGAAGAAUGAAGAGAACUACCCAAGAAGUAAUCAAGUAACAUAUUUUAAGAUAUUGGACUAUACAGCAAAAUUAAACGGCAUUCUAGUAGAACGUGCCUGGAGAAUUGAUAAAUAGAGGCCUUUCACUCAGGAUAAAGAAGUGUCUUGUCCUUAAUAUUUUUCUAUCAGCAUUGGACAACUGACUUCUGGAGAAAAUAUUUCUGGACUCCAUGCACUAUGGUCUCCCUUCCAUAAAACAGGAACUUUAUGGGUUUUUACCUGGAUAUUUUACACUGGAAUUAGGUUGUCUCUCUUGUGGCCAGUUCAGCAACGCAAAUUACCCCAUUAUGUAUUGGUAGCAGCAUGAAAGCAAAUUUCUAAUGGCAAAGCCAUUCCAUCUGAACCAUAUAAAAGCUGUUCCUGUGUUCACAGAAUGAGCUUGAAAAUGGAAAAAAGGCUAAAAUAAAUCCUCCAGAGUUUGACACUUGA